AUGUUGACCAGAGAAGAAGAAGAGAUGUGCAUGCAGCACAUGAACUCCAUUCGCGCCUGCUUGGCCGGCUCCGGCUACGGCGCCUUCAGAGAGCCAGCCACGAUCGACCACCUCAUCUCGCUCGUGGCGACACCCAAGACUGGCGUGGUGAGUGUCGCCUACGUUGGUACCGCCACCUACGACCUCGCAGAGGGCCAGGCGGAGCAGACGUCCCUUCUACUGCAACGUGGCUGCACGGUGCGGCCGAUCCAAGUCGCUGACCCUGCCGUGAAGUCGGUUAAUGACGACGAUAGGCACUUUAUCAAAGCCACUGCCGACAUCGUACUCGUUUCGGGCGGGAACACACUCUACGCGGUGCGGCGGUGGGAAGAGACGGGGCUUGCGCAGCUGCUGAAAGACGCUGCGGCGCGCCAGGUCGUGCUGGCCGGCGGCAGUGCCGGUGCGAUCUGCUGGUUCACCUCAGGGCACAGUGACUCCGCGGACCCGGCAACGUACCUGCAGGCGUCAUUGAAGAUGGCGACGCUGAAAGCGGGCCUGGUCCCACAGGAUCAGAUUACCAAAAUGGAGGCAGAACUCGCAGAGCUCAGCACCUCCUGGUCCUACAUCCGUGUCCAUGGCCUUAACAUUCUGGCGGGUCUGCUGUGUCCCCACUUUGACGUAACUCAAGGCAAUGGUGUGCGACGUGAAGAAGACUUUACCGAGAUGCUGAAGCGGCACCCAACCGAGCGGGGCAUUGGCCUGGAUCACUGGGCCCUGCUCAUUCUGAAGGGCGAUGGCGCAUACGAAAGCGUUGCGCUGCCGGGCAAGAGCCGCGUCCCAACCUCCGGUGAUGCCUCGUCCACGGCAGCGGUGCCGGGAGUUUUUAUCCUCGACGUGGUGGACGGUGCUGUCCAGCGACGCCGCAUGCCUACAACGGGGCUGCUGUCGGACCUCCUGCGGGUGCCGACGGGGCCGGUGGUGUCGGACCCGUUUGAGCGUUUCCACGCGAUGGAAAAUCCGACGGCGUCGUCCGGGUCGCUAUAA